AUGGAAGUUGCUAAAGUUUUUAAGAAAAUUUAUGAAAAUCCUCUUACCUGGCCUAAAUUGCUCCAGGUAGAUGGUGGCAGAGAGUUUAUGGGCGAAACUUCAAGAUUAAUGCAAGAAAAUAAUGUCACAAUUCGAUCCCAAUAUGCUGUCGAAUCUAUACCUUCAAACCCAAAAUUAAUUAGAGCAUGGCCAUCAGCUUGGAAAGAGUGGAAUCUAUAUCAAGCCCUAGCUUAUGCUAAGAAACGUGGUGAAAGUUGUCCUGAAAAAACCGGUCGAAUUAAUGAUCAGGAAGUAUUUUCUGGUCUUGCAAGAUUCAUCAGUGGGAGCAUUAGCCAAUUGUAG